UGAGUGAACCAGUGGCUACAGAGGGGAACAAAAAGAGGAAACCAAAGUCUGCUCUGCAACACAAGACAGAAGAAUACGAGCAUCUUCUACAACAUAACAGAAAGAAAAGUCAACAAGAGGGAAACUAACAGGAUUUUAAACGAUCAGAUCUGAGGUGGAGCCCAGCUUGACCCUCUUGUGCAGCGCAGAGUAGCUCGUUCCGUCACUUUCAAGUGAAAAAUGCUGUGGAGAUUGUCUCUCGCCGUGGCCGUGGUGUGCGUCGGUGGCAUAUGUAACUGUGUGAAGGCAGACGUGAUGAGCAGGCUGAUCAUACCGAGGGACUACGGGGUGAAACUGUGCGGCAGAGAGUUCAUCAGAGCAGUCAUUUUCACCUGUGGUGGCUCCCGGUGGAAACGAUCCACGGAGAGGGGCUUAGAUUCCUUCCAGUGGGGUUCCCUCAGUGACAUUACAGCAGAAGACAACCAGCACACCUGGCAAUCCAGCGCAGAGCUCACAGCAGAUAACCCCUCUCAGCUCCAUCCCAGCUCCUCUUACUCCCUGGCAGACCUCCUGGCUCUUUUCAGGGCUCGAGGAGACGGGCAGCAGCCGUCGCUGAGUGACUUUGCCUCGCUGAAGAAGCCUCAGCUGUCCACAGUUUCAGGCGAGCAAGCUACAGCCGACUGGCCCGUAGCGAGCAAGAAGAAGAGAAACUUUUCCCUGGGUGUGGCGGGGAAGUGCUGUAACCAGGGCUGCACUAAGAAUGAUAUCGGACGCUUGUGCUGAGGCAGGGAGAAAAAGGAUUUGUGACAUGAAGAUGUUGUGAUGGGCAGUAAUGAACAGUGUAUAAAGAAGUAGGAGGAGAGCAAGUUCACACCUGCUGUUCAGCAGGUUCGAGUCAGCCGAAUAUUUUAAUAUAUAUUUUCUUUAUUCUCCUCACUUGAUAUUUUCUUUUAAAAAAAAAAAAAACAUGUCCUGUAUGUUGCCCUUGAAGCACCGUUGAGAAUAAAUUUUAAAUACUGUUAAUAUGAAA